GGACAGAGAGAGAUAGAGAGAGCCAGAGAGAGGAGGAAUCCAUUAGUCCACCAUGGGCCUGAAGAAUAUCUGAGGACUGAGUCAGACGUUGAGUAAGACAGAGGGGCCAGCUAGCCUCUCUACCAUAGGUUGUCAGGAAUAACAACAAAACGAAGGAAAUCUGUGAACCGAAACAGGAGGAAUAACGUCGUACCUGUACUGUGAAUACUUUGGCGGCUGCACGAAGACUUUGGCGUCAUAGACCAGCCAGGCUCAUAACACGAAGACUUUGGCGUCAUAGACCAGCCAGGCUCAUAACACGAAGACUUUGGCGUCAUAGACCAGCCAGGCUCAUAACACGAAGACUUUGGCGUCAUAGACCAGCCAGGCUCAUAACACGAAGACUUUGGCGUCAUAGACCAGCCAGGCUCAUAACACGAAGACUUUGGCGUAAGACCCCAGCCAGGAUCAUAACAAAUGAAAUGCAGUCUCAGCAACGUGUGGACAUCUUGGACCAUCUGAACGGCUCUCGUAUCGUCUUCUCUGACGAUGGCCCUCCCUCCAGCCAGCAGCAUCACCUGUCCCCUCCAGAGCUGACCCAGGAGGUGGUGGUCAUCUCCCCGGGGCUCCCCACCCCCCUUCUCAGACCCUUCCAUUCCACAAGACUGCCACCCGUGGAGCUCAUUAAGGCAAACAAAACUGUUAAGGUUUCAGAGGUCAAUGGGAGUGACCCUCUUACCGACCCUCUUCGUUUUGGAUCAUACUAUGGCCCUGCUCAAUCAAAUGGGGGUCUUUCUAAUGGAGUCCAGACCAGGGGCUCUUCCACUCUGCCACGCAGGGUUGCUACAAGGGAGGAGCGCCUCAUCAAGUUCUCUGGGAUCGGCCCAGUGGAUGAAACAGGGAUGCCCAUCGCCUCGAGAUCAAGCGUGAACAAGCCCAAAGACUGGUACAGAAGCAUGUUCAGGCAGAUCCACAAGAAGCCAGAAGAAACUGAUGAGGAUUCUGAGCGAUGGUCUGCUGAACGGAGCCGGGCCCUUGCUGCUGACUCAGCCGGUGGGCAGCAGACUCAGACCCAUAUGGACAAUUACGGAGCCCUCCCUGACUGGAGUGAGCUGGGGGUUGAAGAUAAGCUUUCAGACCGAUGGGGGGAGCCACCACAACCCAGGAGCAUAUUUGACUUUGAACCUGGACAGAGCACCACCUCAGAGGUCCACAGCCAGCCUCAGAGUCAGCCAGCCCAGAAGCCCCAGCAGCCUCCCAUACAGCUGGCCCAGCAGCCUCCGAUACAGCUGGCCCAGCACAGACCCACAGAGAAACCCUGGUCCCCCAUAGAGAAGCCGUCUAAGCCAUCCGCUUUCGAGGAGUCUCUGCUCUCUGAGCUGAGCUGUUUUGAGGCUGAGUUGGACUCGGACAUCCAGGGCCUGGAGAGGAGGCUUUCCCAGAAGAAGCAGACGCGGCGAGGCCGGGGUGAGGGUGCCAGGAAUGCUGAUCCAGGAACUUCUGCAGGGACAGGGACAACACAGGACAACAGCUCUUUGACUGGAGCAAAGCAACCUCUCCAUCCUCCCAUUGUCCCCACAACAGCUGUUUCUCAGAGGGCAGACCCUAGUCCCACACAUGAACGCCUCUCCCCUGCACCUGAAGUCAUGGAGUUCCCACCCAAAAGACAGGAGAAGCAGAUGAAAGCAGCAAGAGCCAAGUUCAAUUUCCAGGCUCAGUCCCCCAAGGAACUGUCUCUUCAGAAGGGAGACAUUGUUUACAUCCUCAGGCAGGUAGACGCCAACUGGUUUGAAGGAGAGCAUCAUGGGAGGGCCGGUAUCUUCCCCACAACCUAUGUGGAGAUUGUCCCUCCUACAGAGAAGCCCACACCCAUCAAGUCUCCCACCAUCCAGGUGCUGGAUUACGGACAGGCAGUGGCUCUGUUCACCUUCAAUGCAGACCUGCCUGUUGAGCUGUCCUUCCGUAAAGGCGAGGUGAUCAGUGUAACCAGGCGUGUGGAUGACAGGUGGUUGGAGGGCAGGGUACCAGGGACUACCAGGAGUGGCAUCUUCCCCACCAACUAUGUCCAGGUUAACAAGUUGCCCCGCACCAAAUCAUCCUCUGACGACAACCCAGUUUGCCCCAUGUCACCCACGUCCCCAGAGCCAAUGAGUCCAGGGCGUCCUCUACACUCACCCUGCUCUCCUUUGACCCGCUCGCCUCGGAGUCUGACCCCCUCCUCCCGCAGCCCUGAACCAGGAUUUUCCCCCCUGAAGCCGUCCUCACCCAUAUCCCAUGGGACAGUAGCUUCCCAUUCACGUUCAUCCCUCCAGCCCUCACUAUCUAAAGAAGCACCCAAUCACUGGCCACACCCCACUUCUGGGCCUGCCUCCCCCACCCCCCAGAGCAACCACUGGGGAGGAGCACAACCGGCUUUGCACAACUCCAUUGGCAGAGCUGAUUCACCAUCCAAUCAGAUGUCCCCAUCUGCCCACAGGGGAGGAGCAGCCCCGAAUAACAUCCCCAAAACAAAAACGACCAACAAUGCUGGCUCAACAGUAGUGCAACGCCAACCAUACAAAGCAGUUUACAACUACAACCCACAGAACAGAGAUGAGCUGGAACUGAGAGAGGGGGACAUCGUACAAGUGAUGGAGAAGUGUGAUGAUGGCUGGUUUGUAGGUACGUCAGAAAGGACACAUGCCUUUGGGACUUUCCCAGGGAACUAUGUCACAGCUGUGUAACCGCUUCACUCUACCUGUCCACUACACAACCACAUGGACUGUAGUGGACACAUGACUAUUAGAUCAACCAGCACAUCAGAUCAUUCCAGCAGCCAUAUGACCAACCCCUUACCCCAACACCCACUGUCACCAACCUGGUUUAGUCAGGUCUGCAUGUUCACAUCAGCCAGUGACCACAGCUGUUGACCAGUGUGCAGCUAGUCUGGAGGUAGGAACACUGUGUGGUUUGACACCUCACCCCCAGCAUGUGGUCCAUCACUGAAUAGUCUUGGAGUGAUUUUCACACACUGCUUGAAUGGAUAUAAUGAAUGCUGAUGAUACUGUUCCAGGUACAGUAUAAAGAAAUAACUUUGUCCUCAUUGACUAAAACUCAAAUUACAUUCCUUCAGUACAGUUCAGCUACUUCUAUGGAGUGUUCGGCUUAGCAUGCACCUGCUGCACUUUGUCACCCAAGUGCCAUCAGACACAAAUGCCUGAGAAUGUUAUGGUCUCUAUAACGUAGACAGAAUGAAUGUUGCCUUUUAAAUGUCUUCCUACACUUUGAUUUCAGAUCAAUAAAUGCGUCCUGGGUGUGUCCGAGGCUACAAUGAUGUGCAAUGAUAUGACCGUCCAAUAUACAUGAAUGGAUCACUUACUUUAUUAUUUGAAACAAUGGCAUAAAAUAUUUGUUGCUUGGUUACAAAAUAGUUCUGCUGACUCUCCAUUUGUUCAAGAUUGUUUGCUCUGCUGCAUAGAGUACUAAUACAAUCAAGGCGACGUCUUCAUGUCCUUCAGUGUGUUAUUGUUCGCUACUUACAUCUUUAAUUGAUCUCACAUGUAAUGAUUCAGCCAGCCAUUUGUGCAGCUUGUAUUUCUGUUGGGAACAGAGGUGUUGAGUGUUAGUGGAAGUUGAAUGUGAUGGUGGAGAAGAGGAAUGUUGACGUUAACCCCCAAGUGAAUGCAAUACAGAAUGUCUUGACAGAGCAGAAGUGGAGCUACACCAAUUGUAUCAAUUCAGUGGAACUACUGACAUUUUUAGGCCAUGACCUAAGGGAUAGCAAAGAUAUGCCAUUGCUUCACUUUGGAGCACAGAUAUUUUCUGAAACGAAUCCUGCUUGUCAACUACAACAUCAAAACCCACAACGGUGUUCAAACAUUUCAAAAAGAAAGGCGUGAACAGUAAAAUGGACCAGGAGAUUGAUUCCUUAGGCUACUGUACAUUUGAUUUGGUAGCUCAAUUCUACUGCAAACUGGGUUUGUGUUACUACUGUUUCUAUUAAUCUGUCGCUUAAUUUUUUAAAACCAAUUUGCUUUGACAUACAGUAUACAUUAAAACAGCGAAUCGGAGGUCUGCAUACAAGUGUAACCAAUGGCAAAUAUAAGUUCAAGUCAAUACGAAGCAACUAAACCCCUAUCAUGAUGUUGCCAAAUGAAAUGUUUCUCUGCUUUGUUCAUUAACGGUAUUGUCAAAAUGCAACAUACCUUUUCUAGCCACAACAUAAGAUUGUACAGGGUUUUAACCAUGUCAGAUUAAACGUAAUAUAUUUCAUUUAAUACCAACCAAUGUUCUUCAAUAUCUAUGAUACACAUACAUUAUGUAAUUCAAAUAAACCAUAUAAAGUGAUACAACGGUU